AUUGAAACAAGUAAAUAUGAAAAUACGUUUGAUCAUGCCAAUAAAAUUAAUAUAAGUAACAUAAUAAAUAUUAAUAACGACACAACAGAUCGUUCGCCAAUCAUGAUAAUAGCCAAUGAGAAUAUGCGGCUAAUACCUAAUCGAGAUGGUGAUAUUUCAUUACCAAUUGGAGCGAAAGUUUGCUUCUACUGCACACCAAGUGGGUUUAAGACAACUUCUGGCAACAAAAUCGAAGCAGAAUUUUUGGGAGACCAAAAAUUUUCAUUCAAUGGCGAAACUCAAAAAUUUUCUGAAUUUGAAUGCAAAGACAUACCAAUGCCGACAAGCAAAUAUAAAGACGAUUUGAUUGAGUUUACGUAUGAUCUAAAUGACGGAAAGUCAAUCCCUGUAAUGACUUUGUCAUUUGAUCGUAAUAAUUACACAACACUUUAUGUAAAAUAUAAAAUAUAUCCAGCUACGAUGAACUGUAAAAAAAAGGUCAAAGGCAAAGAAUUUACUGCGGACCCCAAAUAUUUCGACAAUAUAAACAUAAAAAAUUCUUUAAAACUUUCAAAAGUUGAAAAAGAAUUUUGUGAAAUAUUAAACUACAAUUCAGAUGAGAUUAAAAUUUAUUUAAAUGAUAAACAACGCAUAACAAGGGGCCAUAUGGCACCCAAAUUUGAUUUCAUAUUUAGUGGAGAUCAAAAAUCCACUUAUAAUCAUUUAAACGUUUGCUUUCAAUGGACAUCAGUAAAUAAUUGCAAUUGUUCGGCUAUCGAAGAGGGUAUACGCGCAUAUUCAAAUGAAAGUAAUGCGAUCUUUACCUGUUAUUCCGGUAGUAUGGGCGUUUGCACGCUUCCCGACAGAGAUGGUGUGCCUAAAGAACUAUACAUCAAAUGUAAUAACGAUGUAAAAAUACCGGUACCAAAAUUUAUUUAUCGGAUGGUCAUCAACGACGAGCGAUGCGAAGGCAUUGUGUUUUUGUCUAUUAAUAAUCCACAUUUGAAAGAAGACUUCGACAGAGAAUACGUAAUUGGCAACGAUGUUGGCAAUCAAAUCGAGUGGAUUAAAUGGGAUCGCAAAAACAUAAAAAAGGGCUACUCAUAUGCCAUUUCGGUGUCGGAUUUUAUUGCGGCCGCAAAGGAUUUUCCACUCAAGAAUCUAAAUACCACUGGUCUGUUGGGUGUCCAAUCCAUUUAAUAUUUGCAUCAAAUGGAAAUAACACUUUAUAGACCUGGUCUUAAGCUUGCUGCUUCAUAAAUGUCUAAUUCUUAGAAAUAUUAAUUAUAAUAAUAAUUAUUAAUUUUUUACAUAUCAAUUUAAAUUUAGA